CACAUCAGCUGAUCCUCAAGGUCACAAAAGCUGUCAUUUCAUAACAAACGCUGUGAUAAGUCAUGUCUAGUAGUAGUAGGACCGGUUCUGAACAUAUGUAGUCUCUGUUUUCAAUAUUUUUUUUAACUUUAUUAAAAAUGUUCUUAGGUUUCGAUUUUAGUACUCAACAGUUGAAAAGUAUUGUUGUUGAUGAGAAAAGAGAUGUAAAAUAUGAAGCUCAUGUUUCCUUCGACCAUGAUUUACCAGAGUUCAGGACCCAUAAAGGUGUGGUCAGAAGUGAAAAAAAAGUGGUUACUGCUCCAGUACUUAUGUGGGUUAAGGCUGUCGAUAUGAUUCUUGAACGACUACGUGUCUGCGGUGCUGAUUUUUCAAAAGUUAUUGCAAUAUCUGGUACAGCUCAGCAACAUGGCACUGUAUACUGGGCAGCAGGAGCAGAGGAACAGCUUAAAGGACUUGAUGAUGCACAGUUCCUUCAUUCUCAGUUGGCUUCGUGCUUCACUAUUACAUCUUCCCCUAUUUGGCAGGAUUCUAGUACGACAGCCCAGUGCAGGGCUUUGGAGGAAGCAGUCGGAGGGCCAGAAGAAUUGGCUAAAAUAACUGGUUCUAAAGCCUUUGAAAGGUAUUCGGCAGCUCAGAUAAUGAAGAUAUUUGAAACGAAGUCUACUGCAUACAAGAACACUGAGAGAAUAUCUCUUAUAAGUAGUUUUGCCUGUUCACUAUUCUUAGGCAAAUAUGCACCUAUUGAUUAUUCUGAUGGAUCUGGAAUGAACCUUUUAGACAUCACUGAGAAAAAGUGGUCAGACAAAUGUCUUAAUGCAUGUGCACCUGACUUGGCUCAGAAAUUGGGUGACCCUGUACCAUCCAACACAAUAUUGGGAAAAAUAUCAAACUAUUAUGUCGAGCGAUUUGGAUUUAGCGAGGAAUGUUCUGUUGUAGCUUUCACUGGCGAUAAUCAGUCUACAAUUGUAGGUCUUGGCUUAAAGGAAAAUGAUAUUGCAGUUUCUUUAGGUACUAGUGACACUUUGAUAAUGUGGACUUCUUCGCCGAGUCCUAUUGAUGGUGGUCAUAUUCUCCUGAGUCCUGUCCCUUCUCAUGAGUAUAUAGUACUCAUAUGUUUUAAAAAUGGCUCUGUUACUAGAGAAAGAAUACGUGACAGUUAUGCUUCAGGUUCAUGGGAAAUAUUUGAUAAACUUUUAAACUCUUCCCCGAGAGGAAACCUUGGAUAUUUUGGCUUGUAUUAUGACCAUGAUGAAAUCACAGUUCCUCUUGUUGGAGAGUUUAGGUUUGACAGUUAUAACAACAUUAUGGACAAGUUUCCUGCUUCAGAAAUUGAAGUAAGGUCACUACUUGAAGGUCAAUUUAUCGCAAAGCGAUCUAUGCUGGAAGAGUAUGGUUUGGAUUUAGGUAAAAAUACAAGAAUUAUUGCUACUGGUGGGGCAUCCAUUAACAUCGGUAUUCUUCAAGUUCUUUCAGAUGUUUUCAAUGCUCCAGUAUAUACAAUAGAAGAAUGCAAUUCAGGAGUUUUGGGAGCAGCAUUCAGAGCCCAAGAAGCGCUAGGAGGAGGAGGAGAUCACCUGGUUACUGAUGGCUCGAUGACUCUUGUUGCAACACCUUUUAAAAAUGCUGGCGAGGUUAUAAGCUAUAAUUUUAUAUAUUUUUUUUUAAUCUUGCCCAACAAAUCCAUUCAUUAUCUGUAGUUUCGGUUGUAAAACAUGGUAACUGGC